AUGGACGACCUUACUACUUCCCUGCUCACUGAGCAUUUUAGCUACACCCCCUUGUCGCUUAUAGAUGACAUUAUCAACUCAAUUAAUAACCUGAUAUACCAAGCUAUAUCUAGUCUAGAGACCGGCCUCCUUUCCAUUCCCCCGGAGCGACUGGGAUUUGGGCAAGCCAACAACGGCUCGACCAUCCCCGACACCGACGAAGACGGCAACGUUGUUUACCCGGAGGCGCAACUGGAGAUUGAAAAUGGAUUGCACCAAUUGGAGACUCUGCUCGAGGCGACGGUUGAUAAGGCGUUCGAUAAGUUCGAAAUUUUCGUGCUGCGCAAUAUCUUCAGAGUGCCAGAUGACUUGAUGGGGUGGAUCAGGCUCAAACAUUACGAAAACAUCUUGCUGAAUCCUUCCCCCGACGCGCCGACUGUUGAAACAAUCCUUGCUAUACGCCAGAAGCUACAAGAAACGAAGAAACUGAACCGGGCACUGAAGCAGGAGAGCGCGAGGAACGAAGUAAUGAUCGCGCAGCUUAAAGCUAUUCUAUCGGCAACGCAAGCCUCCGAUGCAACUGACAUGAAAGAAAACGAACCUACUGCUGCCGGGAAGAAAGAUCUGGACUUGUCGUUCUUGACCGCUAGCCCUGCUGCUCAGCAAUCACGCGUUGGCGUCGCUACUGGAUCGAACACGCAACAUACACCAUUGACGACCAAGACUACAUUCAUCUUAUCGCAACUCCCUGCUUUGCAAAUGAUGCUGAAAGAACUUCGUCCUAAGCUGGCCGCGCUGCCGAAAUCAGGCCUUGCAGAUGGCAAGGAACUCAAACCCGAUGAAAGAGGAGAUUAUAUCGAAAGCAGGAUCCGACUGCAUCUUGAGCGCUCGGGCCAACUGCCAGCUGGCAACGACGGAAAUCCUACCCUUGGCGGUCGUAGGAUGAAUAUUUCCGAAGCACAGGCACUUGAGGCCGUUACUGGAAUGCUUACACAGGUGGACAAAAAGGAGGACUAG